AUGGCACAAAAGUUGGAAGCACAAGGUGGUCGUGGAGGAGAGGAAUGGGACGAUGGUGGUGCUUAUGAAACCGUCAAGAAAGUUUAUGUAGGUCAAGGUGAUUCUGGUGUGGUUUACGUUAAGUUCGAUUACGAGAAAGACGGCAAAAUCGUAUCACUGGAACAUGGAAAGAAGACACUACUUGGAACAGAAGAGUUUGUGCUUGAUCCAGAAGAUUACAUAACAUCAGUGAAAGUUUACUACGAGAAGAUCUUUGGAUCACCAACAGAGAUCAUCACGGCUCUUGUAUUCAAGACAUUCAAAGGCAAAACUUCUCAGCCUUUUGGAUUAACUUCCGGUGAAGAAGCUGAGCUAGGAGGUGGCAAAAUCGUUGGAUUCCAUGGAAGUUCAAGCGAUGCUAUCCAUUCUCUAGGAGCUUACAUAACUAAGUCAUCCACUCCGGUGACUCCACCGGUGUCAGGUGGUCCGACCAAAUUGGAAGCUCAAGGUGGUCGUGGAGGAGAGCUAUGGGACGAUGGUGGUGUUUACGAGAAUGUAAAGAAAGUGUAUGUUGGACAAGGUGACUCUGGUGUGGUUUAUGUCAAGUUUGAUUACGAGAAAGAUGGGAAAAUUGUAUCACUUGAACAUGGGAAGCAGUCACUUCUUGGAACAGAGGAGUUUGAACUUGAUUCAGACGAUUACAUCACAUCUGUGACAGUUUACUACGAGAAAAUUUUCGGGUCACCGACCGAGAUCAUCACAGCUCUUGUCUUCAAGACAUUCAAGGGCAAAACUUCUCAACCAUUUGGAAUGGCCUCUGGUCAAGAAUCUGAGCUAGGAGGCGGAAAAAUCGUCGGUUUCCAUGGAAGUUCAAGCGAUGUCAUCCAUUCUCUUGGUGUUUAUAUUGCUCCUUCGUCCACACCAUUGACUCCUUCCUCCACGAUUCCAGCACAAGGCGGUGAUGCUGGAGUUGUGUGGGACGAUGGUGCUCACGACGAUGUGAAGAAGAUUUAUGUAGGACAAGGUGACUCUUGUGUGACUUAUUUCAAGGUUGAGUAUGAAAAGGCUUCAAAGCCUGUCCUUGGAAGCGAUCAUGGGAAGAAGUCAAUACUUGGAGCAGAGGAGUUUGUGCUUGGACCAGAUGAAUAUGUUACGGCCGUGACGGGCUACUAUGACAAAAUUUAUGGAGUAGACUCACCGGUUAUCAUCUCACUUAAGUUCAAGACAAACAAGAGAGAGUCUAUCCCGUUUGGAAUGGAGGCCGGAAAUAAAUUUGUGCUCGAGAAGAAAGACCACAAAAUCGUUGGGUUCCAUGGACAAGUUGGUGACUUUCUUUACAAAAUCGGAGUCAAUGUCGCGCCCAUAGCAAACUGA